GCUUCGGCCACACGAAAACAACACAUCGCCAUUUUCAGCGAGCAGGCAGCCUCCAAUCUGCGCAACAUAGAAGGAAAUGGGUCACUAGCCAGAUCGUGCGAGAGACGGACUGUUUCCCUGCAAAAAAAAGCGAAUUCUGAUUUUGUCGAGUGUCUUUAGUUGUAUUUCACAUCGUUUGAGAGCCUAAUGCGUGUAAUCGGCUGGCCUGCUCGGAUGCGGUUUUCUAGUUGUGCAGGCCCAGGUUGAUGUGAAAGUGAUCGCCUUUUUCCCAAGACAAGACUGUAAACAUAACAAACCAGAAUGAAGAGGGGUCUAAAACCGGAUGGGGGAGACAGCGGUUCCACCAGCGGAGUGUUGGCGGAGCCCUGCAAGAGAGGCCGACUCCUGGAGGAGGAGGACCCGGAGGACGUGGGCUUGAACUGGGGCUGCCUGCCGCAGGAGAUCCUGCUGCACAUAUUCCAGUACCUGCCGCUGCUGGACCGGGCGUACGCCUCGCAGGUGUGCCGCGGCUGGAACCACGCCUUCCACAUGCCCGAGCUGUGGAGGUGCUUCGAGUUCGAGCUCAACCAGCCGGCCAGUUCCUACCUGAAGGCCACCCACCCCGACCUGAUCAAGCAGAUCAUUAAGCGGCACUCCAACCACCUGCAGUAUGUCAGCUUUAAGGUGGACAGCAGUACCGAAUCCGCAGAGGCGGCCUGUGACAUCCUGUCCCAGCUGGUCAACUGUUCCCUCAAGACCCUUGGGCUCAUUUCCACCGCCAGGCCCAGCUUCAUGGAGCUACCAAAGUCUCACUUCAUCUCGGCCCUGACGGUGGUGUUUGUGAACUCCAAGUCGCUCUCGUCCCUGAAGAUCGACGACACGCCCGUGGACGACCCCUCCCUCAAGGUCCUGGUGGCCAACAACAGCGACACCCUGAAGCUGCUGAAGAUGAGCAGCUGCCCCCACGUCUCCCCCGCAGGUAUCCUGUGUGUGGCGGAUCAGUGCCACGGGCUGCGGGAGCUGGCGCUGAACUACCACCUGCUGAGCGACGAGCUGCUGCUGGCGCUGUCCUCGGAGAAGCACGUGCACCUGGAGCACCUGCGCAUCGACGUGGUGAGCGAGAACCCCGGGCAGACGCACUUCCACGCCAUCAAGAAGAGCAGCUGGGACGCCAUGGUGCGCCACUCGCCCAAGUUCAACCUGGUCAUGUACUUCUUCCUGUACGAGGACGAGUUCGGGCCCUUCUUCCGCUACGAGAUCCCCGUCACGCACCUGUACUUCGGGCGCUCGGUGAGCAAGGACGUGCUGGGGCGCGUGGGCAUGACGUGCCCGCGGCUGGUGGAGCUGGUGGUGUGCGCCAACGGGCUGCGCCCGCUGGACGAGGAGCUGAUCCGCAUCGCCGAGCGCUGCCAGCAGCUGUCGGCCAUCGGCCUGGGCGAGUGCGAGGUGUCCUGCAGCGCCUUCGUCGAGUUCGUCAAGAUGUGCGGCCGCCGCCUGUCCCAGCUGUCCAUCAUGGAGGAGGUGCUCAUCCCCGACCACAAGUACGGCCUGGACGAGAUCCACUGGGAGGUGUCCAAGCACCUGGGCCGCGUCUGGUUCCCCGACAUGAUGCCCACUUGGUAAAGUCGCCACCCGCCCAUACCAAUGCCCAUAACUGCCCGCACCAAAUUUCCCAGUCCCAUCCCCAUUUCCCACCUCAAGAAACUGGCCGAUUCUUGUUUUUUUUUUUGGCACUUGUGAAAAAGACAGUUGCAGAGACCCCCGAGGAAUGAAGGCAGUGUGUUGAUAGUCGAGUCCGCGGCCUCUCGCUGGCCGGGUGCACUCUCACCCACUUCUGACAAACCUGACAGUGAGGUGUGUUUAUAUACCAUUUAGAAACUCUUUAGUGCUCACCUCUUCAUGUUGUGGAUUUAAAAAGGGGGUACGAGUCAGAUGAAGGCACCCCAAAGAUGUUUUGCGUGAAAGCCCAGUUCUACCACAGGAAGUGGACUGUGGCUCAAGGAAGGAACUCUAUUUCAGAAACAGAGACUUGGGAGAGCAUCGUUUCCUUUUGAGGAUCUCGCCACAUCACAGUAUAAAUAAUGGUCUUUAAAGGUGUCACUGGGCUCGUUUAAAUACGUGAGAGUUUUAAACCAAGCCGGCCGUUCGAAUGACAAUCGUGUACGACUUACAAAUUUGAGUGAAUUUUGUUGACGCAACUUUUAGUUUCAUGUUCAUUGUAUAGAUUGUGUAUAGAAGAUUUCUUUAUUAUUGAAGUGAGGGCUUAGUGAGAUUGUAAAAUAUUUUUCCUGGGGGGGGGUGGGGGGGGCGGUGUUCAGUGGAGGAUGAGAGGAUGACUAUUCCAGGCAUCUCGUUUCCCUGUGAAGGUGAGAGGAUGAACGAAGCUGGUGCAGCCUGAUCUUCAAUUUCUGCUCAACAGAUGUCUUGUUUCCUGCAGUUACUUUUUUUUUCGGGGGUGUGUUGGGUCCCCCCUCAGCGCGAGCUUAGAGCACUGGUGCUGCGUGCCAUUGGCUGGAGCGCCGGAGUUAAGCUCCGCCCUCCUCAGCUGGUCCUGUAAGAUGAGCCCUGAGUGUGACCUCACGUCAGCACCACAUGUCAGCAAAAUAUUCCCCAAAUUCUCAUCUCGUCAGAGAGUGAAUGGCAGUCACCAGGGAUGGAGUAUAAGAUGAUUUUAACAGAAGUGGGUUUUGAGGAAAGAUCUUGUAAUUGUAAUUGUAAGCCAGUGUCUUUGUUAAUGAACUGCUUUACAAACACUCCUCUGUAUUUUAAAUUAUGUCUGAAGACGAUAGAAAAUUCACUUCUGCUCCACAACCUCCUUGAGGUUUAAAGCAGGGUCAAUAUCAGUUGUAGGUUGAAUUAAAUUACUUUUAGUUGAUUUCCAGUUUGGGAAUGGAAUGAAGGAGGUGUGGAGUUAGUGAUUAUUUUGGAAUUGUAGGUUUUGGGAAUUGGAAUGAAGGAAGAGUUUUAAAGCAAAUGGAGGUGAUGCUAACGGUGUCACACGGGCCCACAUUUGGCAGGGCACUGCUUUGGGUGGUUGAAAAUGAGCGGGGGUUCAGGCUUGCCCCUGCUUACCAAUUAAAACCAAAUGUUUUAUAAGGUCUCAGAAAACGCUGACUUAAAAAACCAAUCCAAACUUGGAUACUAUAAAAAAAAGAAGCCUUUUCACAUUCCUUUGUUGCCAUGACAACUGUGUGAAAAUGUGGAUGUUCCCAAAUAUCCAAAAAUCCUUAAGAUUCUGUAUUGCAGUGAGUGAACUGGAGCAAAUUUAAAACGUGUUGUGAAAUCACAUAAUUCUUGAUUUAUAAUUUAGGUGUAACUGUUGGGUCAGUGCGGUUGAUGGGAAUCGAGUUGCUCUGGAAUAGAAUGACUCUGUCGGGGGGGGGGGGGGGAGGUGGACAUUUGGUUACUGAAACAGCUCUGUUGAAAUAUUUCCACUAAUAAUUUAUCUUUUAUACAGGAAUAAACCUUUGGUUUGACUUUUCUUUCUCAUUUAAUCAUAUUUGGUUAUUGUAAUUUAUUGACGUAAAAAACUGCUUUUGCAUUAAUGGGUGGUUUAAUGAUUGUUUUGUGUAAAACAAAAAAAACAUUUUUAAAAAAAAAGUUGCAGUGUCUGAGCAAAGAGUUUCAUUGUAGACGUGACUGCAUCUAAAAAAACAGUUUUGGUAGCUCUGAAGGGUUUUCAGUUAAAUGUGGAGCCAUUUAUUGAGUUAUUCUUUGUACAGACAUUCUUCACUUUGCGGUUAAUCCUAAUUCAGAUCUUUAUCCUAAUUAAAAUAUCCUCAUAUAGCUAGCCGCCAUCCCCUGGCUAUAGGCUGCAUUAUUUUUAAAUGGGAGUUUGAAACAUGUUGUGAUGCAGUGCUAUGAUUAUGGCUAAACGUUUAGGUAGCGCUAAUGUCAGGAAGGCUAACCCAUUACUGCAGUGCUGGAAACUGCUAGCUGCCUUGGCAGUAGGGAACGGGCAACAAACUGGAUUGGUAGAGGUCUUUGAACUCAACUUGCUCCUGAAGUAUAUAUCUUUGGUGACUUGCACACACACACACACACACACCCACCUCCAGUUGUUACUGUGUUCCCAUCAAUCCUAUUCUUUGUGAAUCAUACUAAUAUUCAAAUGAAAAUUGAGGAGAAUAUGGACUUGCAGUUUUUAGCAUUGCUUCCCUCCAGCACUUUAUAUAGAAUGUGUAUUUCCUUACUGUAUAUAGUACUCAGAUGGACCGCUUCGUCUCUCAGAUGCUCUCCAGUUUCCCUGCAAUACGUAGAGAGUAAUGUCUGCUGGUAUUAAAGUUGCUCUGUUUUUUUCCUGUUGUGACUUCUCACACUUCAGUUUCAGUAUGGCGAACGCUUCGUGUGUUUUAUUAUCGAGUAGUGUUGUGUCCUGAAUCAGACCGCCAAUGUUGUGGAAAUGCUUUUUUUGGAAUAAAUUUUUGUGAAUGUAAA